AUGUCAGAUGAAAUAAUAUCUCAAGCAAGAGCAUAUUUAGAAACUUCACAACCAGAAAAAGCAUUAGAUUUAUUAUAUCCUUAUAUUGAAUCACAAAUUGAUUCCGUACCUUAUUUAUCAAUUUUAGGAGAAACUUAUUUAGAAAAUAAUGAAUUAGAAAAAGCUUAUCAAAUAUUAAUUCGUGGAUGUGAAUUAGAUCCUGAAGCUAAUCAAGGAUUUGAAAAAUUUUUAUAUUUAGGACAAAUUAUUGGUGGACAAGAUGGUAUAAAUUAUAUUAAUAUUGCCAUUAAUAAAUUACAAUCUUUAUUAAGUGAAGAUGAAGAUUUAAAUAAGAAAUCAUUUUUCAUUAAUAAAUUAAAUCUGGCAAUUUUCGCUGAAAUUGAAAUUUGGAUGACAGAUUUAUGUAUGGAAUCAGAAGCAGAAUUAAAAUGUAAUGAAUUAAUUGAUUAUUCAUUACAAUUAGAUAAUACAAAUCCCGAAGCUUUUUCAUUAUUAUCAUCAAUUAGAAUUUCUCAACAACGGAAUCAAGAAGCAAUUGAAGCAUUAUUAAAAUCUUGGGAAUUAUUUAAAUUGAAAAAAACCAAAUUAGAAGAAAUGGCAAACACCACUAAACCAGAUCAAUCACAACCACAAUCACUGGAAGUUAAUGAUUCAUUUGAAAUUGGUAUGGAAUAUGUUGAAUUGAUUCAACCAUUAAUUACAUUAUCAAGAUAUGCUAUUGAAUUAGAACAAUAUGAUUUAGCUAUACAAAUCAGUAAUAAUGUUCAAGAUAUUAAUGAAAAUAUAUUGGAUAGUUAUUAUAUUGAAAGUUUAGCCAAUAUUUUAAAAUCGAAAAAAAUUUUACAACCAAAUAAUGAUAAUUAUAAAGAUAUUGAAUUAUCAAAAUUAUUAAAUGAAUCAAAUGAUGAAAUAAAUUUGAUUUUACAAGAUAUUAAAUUUAGUUUAACUAUGGCUUAUAAAAUUAUUAAUAGUGAUAUUGGUGAAGAAUUUGAUCAAGGAUUAAUUGAACAAAUUAAUCAAUUAUUACAAGAAUUAGGUGGCCCUAUAAUGAGUGAAUUAAUGCCAUCAAGAAGACGUGGGAAUGAAAAUAAUGAUGAUGAUGAUGAAGAAGAAGAUUGGGAAGAUGAAAUUGUUUCUGAUGAUGAAUAA